AUGAAUUCGUUAAUUUAAGGAAGUAAUCUUACUUAUGAAUGUGAAAAGUGUCAAUAAGGAGUCAGUGUAUAGAAAAUUUUCAAAAACUAAAGAUAAUUCUUUAAUAGUAAGUUAUCGUUUAAAGAUAGAAUAUUCAUUUAAAUCUGUUACUUUUCAUGAAGAAAAAAUCUAUGCUUUAACUACAGAACAUUCUAUAAACAUAUAUUAGAAAGAAAUAGAAGAAGUUAUACAUAAUGCUAUCGUAAUUCCAAUAGAUCAAAACUAUGAAUGCUUUAUUCUUACAUACUCAGAACUACUAAAUAUUAUUUUAGACUGUUACCUAAAUCAAACAUUGUUUCUAUUCUCUUUGUAAGAUACAUAACUCAGAGAGAUUUACUUCGCCAACAGUUAUACUCCUAAUUAAACUAAAAUCAGCUCUAUGGUCAAAAAUAAUUUAACGUACAUCAUAUAUGGCUAGUCUUUUACUCAAUUCAAUCCUACUAAUAAAAAUUAGACCAUAUUAAAUUUGACAAUUUUAUAAGAAUAAAGAAGGCGCUUUUAUUUUAUUGCAAAAGACAAUUUAAAAGAUUAUGCGUAUGAUUUUUUUUGUUUCAAAUAGAGAGACUAUAAACUAAACAAUAUUUAUAUAAUAUUAUGGAGAUAUCAUCACUUAUGUUAUAUAAGAAAAUGGAACUCUUUUCUAAACAAAUAAUAUAUCAUUCGUUCAUGAAAUUAUUAACAUGGCUUACUAUUAUUCCUAAGAUGAAUAUUAUUAAUUUGAUAGACUCUUUUUAAUAGUUUUAGCUGAUGAUUUCGAUUAUAUGUAUUUUGUUAAUGUCUUUUAUAGUGAUACAUCUAAUGUAUAGAUUUUGGAGUCUAAAUAAUAACGAAAAGCAAUAGAUCGAGAAGCUUAGAUAUUUGUGAAUUAAAAUUUUAUUAUCCUUUAUAAGAACUAUACAAUUAGCAUUUUGAAAAACUAAGAAUUUAAUCAAAUUUUAUUCAGAAAAAAAUAUGUAUCUGAUAAUAAUACUGUGAUAUAUUUUGAUCAAUCAAAGGAAGAAUUAUUCAUUUUUAGUAGAAUUACUUAAAUCUAUACACUUUAGGUACCUUUUUUAAGUUUUGCAUCAAAUGAAAGUUAAGGCAAUUUUUCUAUUCAUGCUUUUGAAAUAGACGAUUAUUACCAAAUACAUCUAUGCAAGGUUAAUAUACAUUUUCUUUAAGUUUCUUAAUCAGAUAACAACACUUAUUUUAUAUUCCACUCCCCAUAAAUGAAAUAUUAUAAUUUAUUAUAAUUUUCUUUUGUUUAUUAAAUCGAAUGUGUGUCAGGUCCACUUUUUUAAGCAAUAUCUUGGGUUAGCACGCCAGAAUUAGGGUUUUUUUAGGAUAAUACCUUAUAAAAAGUCAAUUAAUCAAUAUAAUCAAAUGAGUAUUAUAUAGUGAAAGCUUUCUCUAUUGCUUUGUUCUAAGAAUGCAAAAGCAGAAUUUUUAGUUGCAUAUUUAUGGUUGCUGUAAGUAAUUAAAAUAUAAAAAUUUAUGAAGAAGGAAGUAAAUCAAUAGUUAGCACCAUUAACAUUACAUAUAUGAAGAUUAAUGUCACUUAAAUUGAAAUAACUUUCGCAGUGCUAAAUUAAUAGCUGUUCUUCAUAAUUUGUCUCAGUUUUGGUUAAAGUAUAAUAUAAAUUUACUAAUAUAAUGCUACGUUAUAUUUGACUAACAAUAUCACCUUAACCACAGAACCAUUUACAUAGUUUUAAUUGUUAUCUGAUUCGGUAGUGUUGUUACAAAAUACAAAUUCAAUCGCAAUAAUUACAUUUGAUAAUAAAAGUUAAGUAUUAUUAAAUUCAAAGAUUUUUGAGGAGACUUCAAGUUUAUAGAUUCCUUUUAAUUUAAUAAACAUAUUUAUAAACUAGUAAUACUAAUCUAGAGUCCUAUACAUUAACAACAAUAAUAAUUUUAUAAUAGGUUACAUAACAGAACAUCUUUAAUUUGUUUUAAUAUCAAUCUAGAAUGUUAUUUUUGAAAUAGAAAAUCUGUUGGUAGUAAAAAAUCUCUUAAUAUUGUCAUGGAUUCCUUAAUAUUAAGAAGUUAUUUAUUUUGAAGUUUGGAACGUAAAGAAUUUGACAAAUCCUCAAUACUUAAAAUAAAUGAGAUCCAUAAAUUUUGGAUUAGAUAAACAAUCUAUUUCCUAUUAUUCUGACAUUUAAUUUUUUUAUGUGUCAAAUAACUUAACUUUGAAUGUAUCCAAUCCAAAUUUACCUGGACAUUCAACCCUUUACUAUAGAAUUCCAUAUGAUGGUCUUUACUUUACAAGCAUAGCUAUUGACAGCAUGGUUUUUCUUUUUUUAAUCACAGCUUCUUUUUACUUUCACCUAUUUUACUACAAAGUUUUUUUAAUAACUCUUUACAUUAAAAUUUCCUAACAGAACAAAUUUUUAAUUUCACUUUUUCCUCGUACCUUUAUGAUAGCAACCAAAUUUAAUAGUCAAACAACUCAUUAAUAAUAAUAAAUAACUAUCUAUAUAUAAACUUUAAAAAUAAGACAUUUCUGUAUAGGGAAAAUUACCAAAUUAAAGUUUUAGCCAAAAUACUUGGUUAAGAAUAUCAAAUAAUCAGCUUUAUAUUUGAAACAAUGA